AUGGUCGCAUCACGAACGGGAUGGUCCAAAGACUCCGCCGGGACCCCUAACACCUCACCGGCCACUCGUGGUCUCGACUCUUUCCGGCCCGCCCUUUGCGCAACCAACGAGUUCGACAACGCCUUCGACAACGUCUUCGGCAACGUCUUCGGCAACGCCUCCGACAACGCCCUCGCCCAACGAGACACCUCCGGCUACCCCGACUUCCUUCUCCCUUGUCUCCUCGACGCGGAUCCCAGCAACAACCUCGUCCUCCUCGGCACCCGGCAUUCCUACUCAGUCAUCCGCUCGUCAAAGCUCCGCAACCUCGUCCAUCGCGGCAUCACAGCCUCCACCAUCCGUGCUCCAAAGCCCCACCAAGACGGCCUUCGUCACCGCAGCCCCGCUGACGGUCACGGUCACGGCGACUGCGAUACCAAACUUAUCUCCGAACAACACGGGCAGCGAUGGCGGCAGCCAACCGCAGCCAUCCGCGGACGGGUCAAAUCGCGGCCCCGGCUUCACCACAGGAAGCGGCGUGAUAGCUCUGAGCGUCCUGGGGAGCUUAGGUAG